GGAAAUUCUCGUCAUUUUGAAGCAUUGGAAACUGGUAACUUUACUUCAGUUCUGGUUACGUAGGUUUAGUUCUCGUUCAUUGGAUCAACGACGAUUGAUUCAUUAUUGAAUAAUUUCGACCAUGAGAACACGAAAUGCUGAUCCCGCUUCCAAAUCCGCAACCCCUAAGAAGACGCCACCGCCGAGGAAAUCCCCUGCGGCGAAGCGCACACCCGCCACCAAAACCAGAAGCACAAAGAAGAAAGAGGUCUCACCCGCAACCGAUUCCAAAACUGAUCAAUCUCCUGUGGAGCAGAAACCGGUAGCUAGUGGUAGCAGUACAAAAACUUCGAAAAAAAGGGCUCCAGGGAGACCUAGAGUUAAAGCAAUUGAUACUCCGAAUUUGGAAGAACAACGUGAGGCAGUAGCUGAUGAAACUCCUAUUGAAGACAAAACCGAGGCUGCAGAAAAAGUGGAGGAUGUUGAAGUUGCUGAUACAACUAAUAUUGAGGUCGAGAAAGAGGGGGAACAAGGUGUUGGGUUUUCUGAAGAGAAGGAACAGAAGUGGAUGGAAGUGGAUGAACCUGUUGUUGAAAAGGGGAAUGACAUAAUGGAAGUUGAAGUAACUGCUUCACAGGAUGUUUCUGUUUCUUUUCAGCGACUACGACGGCCCAUUAUGGACCUCAAUAUAUCUGCAGAUAAUGAAGAUUGUAUUGGUGAAAAGGAGGGAGAGAAAGCAAAGGAAGUGUUCAAAGAUCAAGAGGGGGACAAAGGAAAGGAGAAGUUGAAAGAACAGGAAGGAGAUGGAGGGAAGGAAGAGGUGAAAGUGCAUGAAGGGGACAAAGGAGAGGAAGAGUUGAAAGAACUGGAAGGAGACAAAGGAAUGGAAGAGUUGAAAGAACUGGAUGGGGAGAAAGAAAAGGAAGAGUUGAAAGAACAUGAAGGGCAGAAAGGUAAGGAGGAAUUGCUAGAACGGGAAGGAGAGAAAGGUAAAGAAGAGACGAUAGAACAAGAAGGACAUAAAGUUCAGGUUGAAUUGAAAGAACAGGAAGUAGAAAAAGGGAAGUUGAAAGAGCAGGAUCCAGAGAAAGCAGAGGGAGAGGAAACAAACCUUUUUGGACAUGAAGAGAACACUGAGUCGCUUGGUCUAGAAGUGAAAGCCCCGGUGCAAACAGAAGGUGCUAAUCCCAUUAAAGAUGAUGGUGAAGGACCCAAGAGUGGUAAAAAGUUAGAUCUUCGAGGACAAGGGGAGGUGGAGCUUGCUGAAGAAGAUCCGGAGGAAGAUCCAGAAGAAGAUCCAGAAGAACCUCUAGAUGAAAUUGGGACUUUGGAGGAGGAACAUAGGGAAUUGGAGGCCAUUGCAAAUCAGCGAAAGAUUAAAAAAGAGCAUGAGAUCUUUGUUGGUGGGUUGGAUCGUGAUGCUACAGAGGAAGAUCUGAGAAAGGUUUUCCAGAGGAUGGGGGAGAUACUUGAAGUCAGGUUGCAUAAAAAUUCUUCAACAAAUAAAAACAAGGGCUAUGCUUUUGUGAAGUUUGCUAAUAAGGAGCAUGCUAAGAAAGCUUUGUCUGAAAUGAAGAACCCUGUUAUACGUGGUAAACGGUGUGGCACUGCACCUAGUGAGGAUAAUGACACAUUAUUCUUGGGAAAUAUUUGCAAUACUUGGACAAAAGAAGCUAUUAGACAGAAGCUGAAGGACUAUGGUAUUGAAGGGGUUGAAAACAUUACGCUUGUCCUAGAUGUUCAACAUGAGGGCUUGAGCCGGGGUUUUGCAUUUGUAGAGUUCUCUUGUCAUGCAGAUGCCAUGCUUGCAUAUAAGAGGCUUCAAAAGCCUGAUGUUAUCUUUGGCCAUGCUGAACGAACUGCCAAGGUAGCCUUUGCUGAACCCAUGCGUGAACCUGACCCAGAGAUAAUGGCACAGGUGAAGUCUGUGUUUAUUAAUGGUCUCCCUCCACACUGGGACGAAGAUCAUGUGAGGGAGCUAUUCAAAUCUUAUGGUGAAAUUGUAAGAAUCGUCUUAGCACGGAAUAUGUCUACUGCUAAGAGGAAGGAUUAUGGAUUUGUUGAUUUUUUUACACACGAAGCUGCUGUAGCUUGUGUUGAUGGUGUAAAUAAAUCAGAAAUGGGUGAUGCGGCAUCAAAGAUAAAAGUGAGAGCUAGACUUUCAAACCCUCUGCCUAAAACACAGGCUGUCAAAGGUGGUAUGUGUGGUGGGUUCCGAAUUGGUCAUGCUAGGAGUGCAGCCUUUUCAAGACCAGUCCCUACUAGAGGGAGGGGGUUUGGACGAGGAAGGCAGCCCUUCAACAACAGGGGAAAUUUCAACAGGGAUAAGAGUUUCUAUCACGGUGGACACAGUCAAAUUGGAAGAAUGGGUUUUCGGGAUGACCUUGAUUUUAAUAUGCAUCCAGAUUUCCGACAAAGGCAAUUUGGUCCACAAGGAGCUGUGAGGGGUGGACAUUAUGCUGGUACCCGAGCUGCUCCAUUUGCUGGACCGACUAGACCUUAUCAUGACAGAGCAUGGUAUGGUAUGCCUGAUGGAGGUCCCAGUGAGCCUAUUCCUCCAAGGAGGACCUACUCCCCUGGUGGACAAUUUGACAUGCCUUUUAUGGGAAGACAUUUUGAUGAUCCAUAUCUAUAUGAUGACAAUAUGCAUGGAAUGAAACGUCCGUUUUAUAUGACUGACCCUGAAUCUGAUUACAUGGGGCCUAAUAGACUUCGUCCCCGAUUGGAUUAUGCAGAUCCUCCUAUAUUUCAUGGAACUCGUCACCAUGAUUCUUUUGGGUCUGGCAGCGGACAGUACCCGCCUGACUACUAUGCUUCCGAUUACGGUAGAGGUUCAUAUUCAUCUUAUUAUGGGGGUGAUGGCUCACAUGGACAUGGAUACUAUUAUUAAUGUGAUGAAUCAUUUGGUGCAUCUGGAAUUGUGGGACAGACAUCUUCAAAUAUAAGCUUGCUACUUGAGCAUGCAAUUCUGAAGUUGCAUAUUUAUUUUACAGUCUUCUCUUACUCCUUUGCCACCUGGUUUGUUUCUUUAAAUAUCUAUAUGGAUUUGGUCAUAGGUGGUAUAGACUAAAUUGUUUAAUGAUUGUCGGGUAGGUGGUUGUCUUUCAGGUCCUGGAGUAAGGUAUUAAUAAGAUUAUAUGGAAUGGGCUAGUUUUUCUUGAACAACUUAGGUAUGAUGAGAUCAGGGACUUGUAUUUGAGGAUGCUUUGUUGAAUGAACAAUAUAAAUCUGACUCGUCAAAUAUAACUUUGAUGAUCGGAAAGUUUAAAGGACUAUUGGAAGAAAAAAACUUAGCCAUGAUGGAUUUAUCUUUUUAUCAAGUGAUAGACAAGGUUUGAUAUUUGAAUAUGCA